AUGAUUUCAACUGGUUCAUUGUCACUAUUAGAACGUGGUGAUAAUAAAUCUAUUGAUAUAACACGUCAUUCUGAUUUUACAAUGUUUGCUUCUGUUAUUAGUUCAAAAAUAACAAAACCACAAUGUGCUAAUGGUGAUGAUUAUAUAAAUUUUCAAGGUUACUGGGUAAUACGUGGUACACUUGAACCAAAUACACCAGAUAAUUAUGUAUUAACAUCAUCUGUUUGUCGUAAUCUUAAAGAUUUAGUACGUAUUGUAUCAAUUAGAAAAAUGCCAGUAUUAUUACAAGGUGAUACAUCUGUUGGUAAAACAAGUUUAAUAACAUAUAUAGCUAAAGCAUCUGGUCAUAUUUGUUUACGAAUUAAUAAUCAUGAACAUACUGAUUUACAAGAAUACGUUGGUAAUUAUGUUGCUGAUGAAAGUGGUAAAUUAAUAUUUAAAGAAGGUGUAUCAGUUGAAGCUAUGAGAAAAGGACAUUGGAUUAUUCUUGAUGAACUUAAUUUAGCACCAAGUGAUGUACUUGAAACACUUAAUCGUGUACUUGAUGAUAAUCGUGAAUUAUUUAAACCUGAAACACAACAAACAAUAAAAGCACAUAAUAAUUUUAUGUUAUUUGCAACACAAAAUCCACCUGGUCUUUUUGGUGGACGUAAAGUAUUAUCAAGAGCAUUUAGAAAUCGUUUUGUUGAAUUACAUUUUGAUGAAAUACCAUCAAAAGAAUUAACAACAAUUUUACAUGAAAGAUGUAAAUUAUCUAAAAGAGAUGCUGAAAAAAUUGUUAAUGUUAUGGGUGAAUUAACAAGAAGACGUAAAUCAACAUCAACAUUUGCUGGUAAACAAGGAUUUAUGACAUUACGUGAUUUAUUUAGAUGGGGCGAAAGAUAUCGCCUAGCUAAAGAUGAUGGUAAAUUAUAUGAUUGGAAUCAGCAUUUAGCUGACAAAGGUUAUUUAGUAUUAUCAGCAAAAGUACGUAAACCAGAAGAACGCCAAGAAAUACGUCAAGUUAUUGAAAAAUAUUUUAAAUGUGUUGAUCUAUCAAGAUUAUUUACACUCAAUGAAAAUACAUCACCAAUUACAAGACCAAUACUUGAAGCAUUAUUAAAUAACAAUAAUGACAAUAAUUAUGUUGAUAAAUUUAAACAUGUUGUUUGGACUUAUCAUAUGAGAAAAAUGGCUGUACUUGUUACAAAGUCAUGUCAGUUUGGACCUGUAUUACUUGUUGGUGAAACUGGUUGUGGUAAAACAACAGUAUGUCAACUUGUUGCCGCAUUAGAUAAACGUAAUUUUUAUAGUGUUAAUUGUCAUAUGCAUACUGAAUCAUCUGAUUUCUUGGGUAAUUUAAGACCAGUUAGAAAUUAUGCUGAUGAAAAUAAACAAAAAAUAUUU